UUUUCUCAUCAGACCAGUCAACGUGCAGCUGUGCAGGGCAGAGAGCGAGGGACCAACACACGGUGUAUUUUUUUUAAUUCAACUGUUCCCAGUUUAGCGUCACCCGUGUUAGCAUAAUGGCCGAUAAGAUGGAUAUGUCUCUAGACGACAUUAUCAAGCAGAACAGGCAGCAAAGAGGCGGAGGUGGAGGCCGUGGUGGCGGCGGAAGAGGCCGGGGCCGCGGAGGCUCCGGCGGCCGAGGAGCAGGCGGCCCUGGGCGGGUUGGCAUGAGAGGAGGCGGCGGCGGCGGAGACGGCGGAUUUGGAGGCCGAGGCGGAGCAUCCGGCCCCAUGAGGAACCGACAGAACCCGAGCCGUGCUAGAGGCAGAACAACGCCUUACAACAGGCUUAAAUCGCUUCCCGAUAAGUGGCAGCACGACAUGUUCGACAACGGCUUCAGCGGCUUCAAUGGCGCUGCUGGAGGUGGCGGAGGAGGAGGCGUGGAAACUGGAGGGAAGCUCCUCGUCUCCAAUCUCGACUUUGGAGUCUCAGAUGCAGACAUUCAGGAACUCUUUGCUGAAUUUGGAACUCUGAAGAAGGCGGCGGUUCAUUAUGACCGAUCAGGGAGAAGUCUGGGAACUGCAGAUGUCCACUUUGAAAGAAGAGCAGACGCACUUAAGGCCAUGAAGCAGUACAACGGCAUUCCACUCGAUGGGCGGCCCAUGAACAUCCAACUCGUCACAUCACAGAUCGACACACAGAGACGACCUGUACAGGGUAUGAACAGAGGUGGCGGCGGAGGCAUGAACAGAAAUCGAGGAGGCAACUUCGGUGGCAUGCAGAGAGGUCGAGGAGGCCGUGGCGCCGGCGGUCCGGGUGGUCCCAGAGGACGGGGCCGAGGAGGACGUGGCGGAAACACUAAGCAGGCGGCGAUGUCAGCAGAGGAACUCGACGCCCAAUUAGACGCCUACAAUGCCAGAAUGGACACGACAUAGAAAUGAAGUCUCCCCCCCGUUUCCCUUCCUGUCUGCACAGAAGGGCCCUCGUCAGAAAUGUGCAGAAUAUUUUACACUUGUCUCCUGGUGUGAUCGUUGUUGCAACUCCUCCUUUUUAAAUGGUCCGAAGUGUUUUUUACCAGUUUUUUUUUUUCUCUUCAUGAACAUGCUUUUGGUUGUAGGUUAAUGUGAAUUGGAAUUCCCAGUUCUUUCCUCUGCUCUGUAGUUACUGAGACUUGUAAUAAAACCUACAGUGCUUAUUGACCAAA